GGUCCCCCACGUUCAAUAUAAUAUGAUCUCCGGGGCAAGAUCGUCGGAGGCUCCUAUCCGCGGUCCACUACGAGCUUUGCUAUAGACUUCUUCCUAGUCGUCCUCCUACGGUCCGACCUGCCAUGUUUAGAUUGGAUCUAGGUCGUGCCUGGACCAUCUCUCCUUAAUGGAUCCCCUGUCCCGUGCACGUUUCCCGGUUAGGGUGCCAAUGGCACGAUGGAUAGUCUCUAUCGUACUGUCGUGUAUAAAGCACCAUAGCCCCCAGGAAACCGUAUAUAACACCGGGUUCAUUCUUUGACUAUUUCAAUCCGCAUAACCUUUCAACCGGGCCCGCAAAUUCCCUUCCAACAACCUACAAGGUAGUCACUAAGAUAUCUUAGGUCCUCUAAGAUGAAGGUUACUCUCUUUUUAGCGCUGGCUGCCGUCGCCAACGCAGCCGUCCUUUGGGAUGGACGAUUCAACGAUCUGGGCACAUCAGCCGACUUAAACAAAUGGUCGUGGGGCAACCAAGUCGGACCGUACCAAUAUUACAUCCACGGAUCGGGCUCGGUCGAAAAGUACAUCAACUUCUCGCCCGACUUCAAGAACCCGGCGGACACGGUAUCGAAGCAAGGAGCCAAGUUCACGCUGGACUCGACCGCCUUCUGGAAUGGACAGAACAUGCGACGCAUCGAGUUGAUCCCCCAGACUACGGCUGCUAUCAAUAGCGGCAAGGUGUUCUACCACUUCAGCAUAAUGCGCAAGGACACCAAUGCCCCGUCUAAGAACCGCGAGCACCAGAUCUCCUUCUUCGAGAGCCACUUUACCGAGUUAAAGUACGGUUGGAUCUCCGGCGAGCAAGGAACCGAGAAUCUGAACUUGCAGUUCAUGGUCUCGCAAAACUCCAAGUGGAAGACGGAGUGGAAGCCCAACGUCUGGCACAACGUGGCUUUCGAAAUCGACUUCGGCAGCGGCUCGGUCGGCUUCUGGCACUCGGAGGGCGGCGACGCGCUGAAGCAACUGGUAGCCCCCGUCAAGACGUCGACUUCGUCUAACGGCGCCGACUGGCACCUGGGUGUUCUCGAGCUGCCACGCUCUGGCUACUCCGACGGCGUCGAGGACUUCUUCUUCUCGGGCGUGUAUAUCGAGAGCGGUCCCAUCACCACUGCUAUUGGCGGCCCUGCUGCGUGAUACCGGGUGGGAACGUACGUCGAGUUUGCAUAGGUAACGGUUGAACGAUGUUCAUGUAUUUAAUUAGUUCAGCUCCAAUUGUAUAUAUGAACGACAAAUCUGACUGUUCCCUUGAAUUUCCUUUC